AUGGGUCAUGAAUUGGUCGUAUUGCUUGCUGGCAACGUCAUAGUGGUCCAGUUCCUCCGCAAAGACUGCCUUGAGGUAGUCUUUGUCGUCCUCCAAUGCCAGGAGCCCCUGGGCAGUAAUGAAUCCCCUGAAUAUCUCCAUUUCUGUCUCCACCAUCUUGAAUUCACCUUCUUGCUCCUGUUGGAGAGAUUUCAGGAAAGAUUUUUCCUGCCUAUUAUGUUCAAGCCUCCAGGUGGCAAAGACCAUGUCUCGGGACAGUACCACCCAUCUUUUGGCUAUAUCUUUGGCAAGGCACCAAACAUCCUCGAGGCCAUGGAAAGUGACCAAUUUGCUUACCAGCAAGUGAACACUCCGUUUUACCCCUUUCAAGACCAAGCAGAGUUUGAACUUGGCAAAUUCCUCUGCGAGCAGCUCACACAAAGUGAUGUUGACCAAUUUCUCAAACUCAAAUGGGUACGCCGAGCUAAACCAUCAUUUGGCUCAAAAGACCAGCUGCUUGCAUGGAUGGGUUCUCUUCCCACUGGACCAAAAUGGUGUUCAAUGACACUUGAAAUAACAGGCUAUCCAACUGUCCAACCAGUACAGCUCAUCUGGUGUGAUGGCUUAGAAGUAGUGGAAGAUCUCUUCGCCAAUCCAAUUUUCACAAACCACAUGACAUAUGACCCGCACAUUGUGGUCAACGGUGAUGAGCAUGAGUAUAGUGAAUAUUUUAUGGCACGACAAGCAUUCGAGAUUCAGGACCAACUUCCCAAAGGCACUACCAUAGUUCCAAUAGUCAUUGCAUCUGACAAGACACCUGUGACACGGUACACUGGAGGGCUUGAAAUGCACCCUAUCUUCGUCUCAAUCGCUAAUAUUCAGUCUGAUGUACAGAUGAGAGCAACAAGUCAUGCUUGGCGAUGUGUUGGCUUCAUGCUGAUUCCAAAAUUCGCCGACGUCCAUUCUGACUACCAAACUAUUCUAAGUCAACGGCUGUUUCAUAAGUGCAUGGAUAUUAUCUUCGCAAAUGCCAAGGUUGCAGCCAUGACAGGCAAAUUUAUGCCUGAUCCAUCUGGCCAUGUACAACACUGCUUCACGCCUCUGGCUGCUUACACCACAGAUUUGCCAGAACAGCAAGCAAUCGCAUGUGUCUCAAAGGUCACUUCUCCUAUUACGUUGGCCACCUCUCAAUCCUUUGGUGACAACUAUCGCCACACACCACGCACAAAGGAACACACCCUUUCAGAGGAAGGAAAGGCUCAUUCAUUAAGUGGUGUUCACCAACCAUUUUGGUGGAACUGGCGGUUCGCAGAUCCUUCUCACUUCUUAGCAGGAGAAGUUCUCCACACCUGCCAUAAAUUCUUUUUUGAUCAUCCAUUCAAGUGGUGCAAAGAACUAGUGGAACACCGGGACUUGCAAUGCACCUUGGUGCCUUCCAUUGCUGGGGUUGCGCCUCCCCAGUUUGUCCAUGUGAUCCGUGCUUUGAUUGACUUUGUUUACAAGGCUCAAAGCCCUGUUUAUACAGAUACCUCCAUUGAUUCCAUGCUGGAGCUUUUACAGAGCUUCGCCACAUUCACAAAGGAUAUAGGCGCUCUCAUUCAAUGGAUGGCUGAUGUCACUGAGCGCCUUCUCAUCACUCAUUGCAAGCUUCCAUUUGAAAGGACAUCCCGCCAAUCAUGCACAUUUACAGAGCAGAUUCUGUAUCUCUUCCUACGGAUGCACAACACCCCCCUCACCAAUGCUAUAGUCACAGAAGAGCAAGAGAUCACCGAAACCAACCCUGCCCUCGCAUGGAUCGCCCAUGUCACACCUGGUGAUCCCAAUCAGCGUUGUUUCAUCAGACCCUGUCCAGUUCGAAACCAUUUUCUGAAGGGCAUACUGUCUUCCACUGCGACAACUGCCUUCCACAUUACCAUUGCUCCUGAUAGAGCCAAGAUGUCUAUCAAUGAAGUUCAGCAACUCUAUACAUUGCCAGAUUUUGGACGAUUACUAUCUGAUUACGUCACAAAGGCCUCUAAUGGCCAACCUGCAACAUCAUGGAGCUGUGAUCAUGGUCAUGUUAAGACUUGGAACAAGUUUCAAUUACAGCUGCAUUCCGUAUUUUGCUCGCAGCUGAUUAUGCCUAGUCAGGUCAUUCAAGCCAGUCCACCUUCACAAAUAUUUCCUCUGGGAAAUUGUGAUGCAGUUAUCAUGCAGUCAUCACAUGGCAACCAGAUGGUAAAUCUUAUUGCGCAAGUGCAAGCUAUCUUCCAGCCCAUUCCACCUCAUCAUGCCACACUUCCCCACUACCUUGCAGAUCAACCACUGAUUUAUGUACAAUAUUAUGAGGUCAUCGGUCAUCCACGUGAUCAGCCUGCUGCCAGCAUGUAUAUGGUAGCCCAAAAAUAUCACGAUGGGCCUGGUGGUCAGAGGAUGAGAUUGGGCGCGGUUAUCCCUCUAACAGAUGUUACACAUGCAGUAGAACUUAUCCCUGUGUAUGGCAAAGGAACUAACUGUAGAGUGGGUGCAGAAACUAGCAUGGAGGUGUACGAGCGCUUUUACUUGAAUAAUUUCUCGGACAAGGAAGUGUAUCAUACCUUGCGCUCAGACUUGCACUAG